GAUAAUUUCAAGGGCUUUUUAUAAUAAUCUCAAACUCUAAGAGCUUAUUAAGGUAUCAUUAGUCCUACUCUUACACAAAGGUUAUUUAUUUAGCAAUGUCGCGUAUACCCACCAACGUGUAACAAACCACAUUAACUACUAGUAGUAGCUAGGAAUUAUGAAACUUUAUUAUGGUAAAUAAAUAAAAACAGAAAAGUCACCGGGGGCAAAUUGGUAAAUAGAGAGAGUUUUGCAGGGUCUAUGGGUAAAAUACAAGGGAAAAAAAGCAGGAUGGGGUGCUCUUGAGCUCCGACGAGUGGCAAGUGAAGGUGUGGGAGGAGGAAAGCAAAUGAGAGAAAUACAUAAAUCGACAAAAACAAACCGUCUUCUCAAUAUGACUCGUCAUCUCUGCCUCUGGAUUUAACUCUCUUCUCUUCACGCUGCAGAGAUAAUCUUCUCUCGAACAAAUCUCCAGGUGGUUUUGCAUUUUCCUGCAAACUUAAUUCCCAGACUUCAAUCGAAGAAACUGCUCCCUCUUUUAGUCAAGUUUCGCUUCACUCCCUCAAUAUAAUGCGAUUUCUCAACCGGAAUAUCUGAAUCUCUCGGUGGUUACCUCUGAUUUAGCGUCGGAAACUUGACUCCUACUCGAUCUCUGUCAACAAUGCCGGCCUUGUAGAACUUUGGAUCCAACUCUCUCAUUCCGUCAAUUUCCAUAAACAUCAGCUCUGUCAAGAAGAAUUGAAGAAGAAAAUGUCACAUUCAUGGGAUGGUCUUGGGGAGAUUGCGUCAGUGGCGCAGCUCACUGGUUUAGAUGCCGUCAAGUUGAUUGGGCUCAUUGUUAAAGCUGCCAAUACUGCUUGGAUGCACAAGAAGAAUUGUCGCCAAUUCGCUCAACAUCUCAAACUCAUUGGGAAUUUGCUUGAGCAGCUGAAGAUCUCUGAGAUGAAGAAGUAUCCAGAGACUCGAGAGCCUCUCGAAGGGCUCGAGGAUGCUUUGAGGAGGUCUUACCUUCUGGUCAAUAGCUGUAGGGACCGGAGCUAUCUUUACUUGUUGGCUAUGGGUUGGAACAUUGUUUACCAGUUCAGGAAACAUCAGGAUGAGAUUGAUCGUUUUCUUAAGAUCAUACCUCUCAUCACUUUGGUGGAUAACGCUCGCAUUCGGGAGAGGUUUGAGUAUAUUGACCGUGAUCAGCGUGAGUACACUCUGGAUGAAGAGGAUAGACAUGUGCAAGAUGUUAUUUUGAAACAAGAAUCCACCAGAGAAGCAGCAUCAGUGCUGAAGAAGACUCUCUCUUGCUCAUACCCUAACUUGCGUUUCUGCGAAGCUCUCAAAACAGAAAACGAGAAACUGCAGCUCGAACUUCAGCGUUCGCAGGAGCAUUAUAAUGUGGCUCAGUGUGAAGUCAUUCAGCGUUUAAUUGGUGUUACACAAGCUGCUGCUGCUGUUGAACCUGACUCUGAGAAGGAGCUGACAAAGAAAGCUUCGAAAAAGUCUGAGCGUAGCUCAAGCAUGAAGACAGAAUAUUCGUAUGACGAAGACUCUCCCAAGAAAAGCAGUAGUCGUACAGCUUCGAGAUCCACUUCUAAUGUUUCAUCUGGGCAUGAUCUGCUUUCACGAAGAGCAUCACAGGCACAACACCAUGAAGAAUGGCAUACCGACUUACUAGCUUGUUGCUCGGAACCUUCUCUUUGCUUGAAGACAUUCUUUUUCCCGUGUGGUACUUUGGCAAAGAUUGCCACUGCAGCAUCUAACAGGCACAUCUCUUCGGCUGAAGCAUGUAAUGAGCUAAUGGCGUAUUCUUUGAUACUUUCGUGUUGCUGCUAUACUUGUUGCGUAAGGAGGAAACUCCGGAAGACAUUGAACAUCACGGGAGGGUUCAUUGACGAUUUUCUAUCUCAUUUGAUGUGUUGUUGCUGUGCUCUUGUCCAAGAACUGAGAGAAGUAGAGAUUCGUGGGGCUUAUGGUACGGAGAAGACGAAAAUAAGUCCACCUUCAUCGCAGUUCAUGGAACAUUGAAAUCUUCUAUUACACAAAAGGUGAACAUAAACAACGAUAUGUUGUAACUCUGGAUAUGACAGGAGAUUCUUCUUCUUACUACUCACUUAAUAUCUUUGUUUUAAUUUUGGAGUCGUAUGUAAAUUAAUUUGGGAUUCUCAUCGAAAUUUCAGCAAUUUGUGGUGUGUAUCACAUAGACUAUAGACUAACUACUUCUUAUCACAUGAAUCGUGAUGGCCAAUUUAACCAAACUUGUGUUUUGGGUCAAA